CCCUCAUGCAGGAGUUUGCACUAGAUGCCUUUACAAAGCUGGAUACUCUGGUAAUAAUAAUAAUAAAAAGCCCCUACCCGCUGGAUGGGGAUGGAGUCUACGGCAUUGAGACCAGGAUUUAUUAAUGUGCAAAUCGCUCUGAUAUGAUCACAUACUUUCUGCUUUGCAUACGCAGGGAGCAGCGUGGGCUGAUGGAGUAGGAACUAGCCUGGGCGAUCUUUACGAGCUGAAAUCCUGCACAUCACUGAAGGGUUUGUUCCUCUGCGAAGCUGUUAGAAACCUGCUUUAGGAAAGCAAGCGAACCAAAGCCCCGGCCCCAAACGCACCAGACCGCUCCAUGAACUCGCCAUGCAUCGAUUCCUCAUUGUUUUUGACAGAAACGUGCGUGUAACUUUAUCUGGAGGAGCCGAGGAUUGUUGUAGUUGGGCUUGUAGUGGUUUAAACCUGAGGCACCCGUAGAGCCUUUGCAGCAGGGAUGAGGGAGUGACAAGUCAGAGUCCCUGCGAGCGCGCUUGGAAACCGCAAGCAGCUAACGCUCGCUGGCAGAGCCCCCCCGAUGGGACUAGAGCCAAGCUCCUGCGCUCCUCACGGGGAUGAAGGUAGAGCCAUGUUACCUGCUACCUAAGCUCGCUGGCGCUGGCGUGGUUUGUGGAUGUGGUCCUGCACCGGGCUUCGCGCAGAGACUCUCAGCUCUGAUCCCGCCCGAGACGUUUUAGCAGCGGCAGACAGAGAUCCCCAGCUGCGGAGCGGGCUCCUCCGACCACCCUGCGACGGAGGGGCUGCAGCGCUGGAGAGUUACUAUGCAGCUUGGACUGUUUGUGGUGGUGGUUUUUCUAAGCUCCAUGGAUCUAACGGGCAGCAGCAAAGUGGCGAAGGGCAAGAGGCAAAGACGAAUUAGCACCGAGCUGAGUCAGGGCUGUGCCAGAGGCUGCGACCUGUGCUCCGAGUUCAAUGGGUGCCUGAGAUGCUCCCCCAAACUCUUCAUCCUUCUGGAGAGGAAUGAUAUCCGGCAAAUUGGGAUUUGCCUACCAUCUUGUCCCCUGGGAUACUUUGGCCUUCGCAAUACAGACAUGAACAAGUGCAUCAAAUGCAAAAUUGAGAACUGUGAGUCCUGUUUCAGUCGAAACUUUUGCACAAAAUGUAAGGAAGGUUUGUAUUUGCACAAAGGGAGAUGCUACGUCACAUGCCCCGAAGGCUACUCUGCUGCCAACGGCACCAUGGAGUGCAGCAGUCCUGCACAAUGUGAAAUGAGUGAGUGGGGGCCCUGGGGGCCCUGCUCCAAGAAGAGGAAGCUCUGUGGCUUCAAGAAGGGCAACGAAGACCGAACGCGGCGGAUUCUGCAGGCUCCCUCCGGAGACGUGUCCCUGUGUCCUGCCACCACGGAGGUGCGGCGAUGCACGGUGCAGAAGAGCCAGUGCCCCGAAGGGAAAAGGAAGAGGAAGGAAGAGCAAGGAAAGCAAGAUAAUGCGAAUGGGAACAGGAAUAGGAAAGACACCAAAGACGCUAAGUCUGGCACCAGGAAGAGGAAGAGCAAACAGAGAGGGGCUGCGGUCCUCACCACAUCCGCUAGCCCUGCCCAGUAGCUGCCCCUUUAUGUCACCUGAUGGCAAGACUUCAUUGCUGCUAUGUAUAUGAAAGCUUUAUUGAACCAGAGCACUGCUACACAACACAUACACAUGUCCAGAAAGACAGACAUAUACUCCCCGACCGACCCACAGACCCAACAGAAACCACAUACACAAUGCAUAAGGAGGCUGCACACACCCACACCACCCAGGACCAUGGAGGUAUGCUGCUGAGAAGAGGAGUGGGAGCACGCACGGAGGGAUGCUCAUCUCCCCAUGGCUCCACAGGCACGCUGCGGGGAGGAGAGGUGGAGUACGAGUCAGCAGAGGACCCAGAGACUUCAUGACCAAAGGCCUCAACUCGAGACCGGGUGCAUGGCCCCAAGUGCAGCACGGCUGCAGCCACAGGGAUGAGACUGGACCCAUGUGGCCGCUCUCCCCAGCCUGGGACCCCGACUCACACAAAGGCAGUGGCCUCUUUCUCUUCCCCCCGCCCUUUCUUUUGUGUUUUAAGCUGUAUGACUUUAUCAUUGCGAAUACAUGUUAACCGGUUGUGGUAAGAGGUCAGUGGUAUCUGCCCUGAAUCUGCUUCAAAAGAGUUAUUUCAAAUUAAAAACAAACAAAAAAAAACCCCAAAAACCCCAAAAUGACAACCAGCUUCCUGAGUGUGUGGUUCAUGCCUUGGCCCCUAUGGAGGCUGGUGUCCCACAGGACAGAGACUCACUUGUGGAAGGGAAACUCACCAAAGCUCUAAGAAAAGCCCAGAUUACGUUGCCAGCUGCACUGCAGCCACCCACCAGC